UUAUUUAGCAGUUCUUUCGCACUUGCGAUAGCUGAAUCGCUCAGAAACGCUAUGAUUUUGAAGACCCUUGUUAGAGCCACACCAAGUCUUUUCAUCCAACUGAACACCAGCAAUAACGUCAUCCUUACAUUCAGACACGUCUCCUUGACUUAAUCUUGGUUCACAUCAGCGCCUAGAAGCCCAGAACUAGAGUCGCGAAGAUCCACAAACUUCCCAACAUGGACCCAGACUCAGACUCAGAUCUCUACGGCGACGAAGAGACCAUUUCAGACCUCAAAACCCGCGUCAACGAGUUCGACGCUGUCGCCUGGUGGGAAGAACACCCGAGUACCACCAAGCUCCUCCACAGGCAGCAAACCUCCCAGUCCCACACCCAACCCCUUCCCAUCAGCUUGCACAACCCAUACCAAGGCCUCCAGGGCGCCUGGCGGCUCUCCUCGGAAACCAUCCCGCAAUUUUCCGCCCGCCUCCCGCCCGCUAUAACCGACUGCAUCACCAGCACCAGCACCAGCACCACGACGACGACGACGACGACGACGGUCGAGGGGAGAUCGCCCGCGUCGCGCCAAAGAGACGUGGCCGAUGUGCGGAGGGAGACAAGCGACGAUUUGAAAGAGUUGGCCGCGAGUUGCAACGUCGUCGCGGGAAAGUGGAUGCUCUUUUCCGAGCCGGGGUACGUGAACGAGGUGUGGGGGAGAGUUGCGCGGUCGACGGCGGAGAACGAGCUUGGGAUCGAGGCCAGGGUCGAGACGAGGAAGGAUGAUGUGGCGAGGGUGUUGAAUCGGAUGAAGGGGCUGGAGUUGGUGAGGCCUGGAGGGAGGCAGAUCUAUUACGAGUCAGAUGCUUGGACUGAACUUGGCAUCUAUGGAGGGAAUAGCUGUGGGAUUGGGGCGUCAACGUAUUCAUCGAAUGAGAUAUUCAGGUACAUCAUGACAGCUGCGUCACGGCGUUCAUGAUGUUUGGUCACCACCUAGUGCUGGAGCUUGACCACUUGAUGGCACUCAAGUCAGGCGAUGUUGAUA